GACCACCUGAAACCUUUUCUUGAUGAUUCUACUCUCCGAUUUGUGGACAAACUGUUUGAGGCUGUGGAGGAAGGCCGAAGCUCUAGGCAUUCCAAGUCCAGCAGUGACAGGAGCAGAAAACGAGAGCUAAAGGAGUUCCAGGAAGCGCUCGCCCCUGGCCGAGGAUAUGUCCUUGCAAAACACGAGCCCUCCUAGUGAAGAGGGGAUGUCACCCAAAGCCUACCACCGGAAGUGUUUGGUGAUGACUCUGAGAUCUCCAAGGAAUCAUCAGGAGUAAAAAAGCGACGGAUACCCCGUUUUGAGGAGGUGGAAGAGGAGCCAGAAGUAAUCCCUGGGCCUCCCUCAGAGAGUCCUGGCAUGCUGACUAAGCUCCAGUGCCUUGACACAGGACUCCUGGAAAAUUCAAGAAGAGUUAUUUGAUCAUGUCCUCAAAGCUUAUUAUUCUGAACUUCUUUAGGGCAGAGGAAAGUAUUUACAGAGAUUAGGAAAUAAGUCUUCACAUUGUUGGCUCCCGUUACUAGGAACUCAGGGACAAAUAGGUGAUUUUUUUUUUUUAAGUGUAAUAAUGUUUAUGGGUUCUGUCAGUUUUGCAUGCAUUUUCUAAAUGUUCACAGUUGCCCUGUAAGGUAGGUACCAUUUUUACCCCUUUUAGACACUUGGAGGUUUAGAAAUUAAAUACCAUGUUCAAGGUCACACAAGCAUUAAAUGGCAGAGUUAAGAUUCAAACUCAGGUUUCCCUGACUCCAGAGUCUUAAUUAGCAAGCUAUGUUACUAUCAAUACUUAACAUGCCAAUCCUGCCUUGGGAAGAUAGGUUGAAAAAUUCCAGUGCUCAGCUGUGUACGCUUAUCUUUAUUACAUUUUCUAGCCUAUAGUACAAGCAGAAUAUGAUGGGGUCAUUCAAAAAUUUUUUGUUCUGUAAACCUGAAAGCCCUUUGAGUUUAGGAACCUGUAUGAGAGAAAUAAAAAGAUGUUAACAGUUUUUCAACUUUUUCCCCCACUGAGAGCAGAUCAAACAGAUGAUGGAGGCAGCAACACGGCAAAUCGAGGAAAGGAAAAAACAACUAAGUUUCAUUAGCCCCCCUACGCCUCAGGUAUUGUAACCAGAUUUCUCUGAAAAUAAGAAUCUUUAGCACAGAAUUUCUUGCCAUCCACUCAAAUGAGAGUCCAGAAGAUGACUGCAUGUUCCACCCCCAAUUUACCACAGUCUACCACUCUGUGGCGGGUGGGGGGGGGCGGUCGGGGGAGAUCUGCCUGCCUGUCUAAUUUUUCUGAUUCUGAUUUCUUUUUCUCUAUCUCACAGCCAAAGACUCCUUCUUCCUCCCAACCAGAGCGACUUCCAAUUGGCAACACUAUUCAGCCCUCCCAGGCCGCCACUUUCAUGAAUGAUGCCAUUGAGAAGGCAAGGAAAGCAGCUGAACUACAAGCCCGCAUCCAAGCCCAGCUGGCACUGAAGCCAGGGCUCAUCGGCAAUGCUAACAUGGUGGGCCUGGCCAACCUCCAUGCUAUGGGCAUUGCUCCCCCGAAGGUGGAGUUAAAAGAUCAAACUAAACCUACACCACUGAUUCUUGAUGAACAAGGUCGAACUGUAGAUGCAACCGGCAAGGAAAUUGAGCUGACACACCGUAUGCCUACUCUGAAGGCCAAUAUUCGGGCUGUGAAGAGGGAACAAUUCAAGCAACAGCUAAAAGAAAAGCCAUCAGAAGACAUGGAGUCUAAUACCUUUUUUGACCCCCGAGUCUCAAUUGCCCCUUCCCAGCGCCAGAGACGCACUUUUAAAUUCCACGACAAGGGCAAAUUUGAAAAGAUUGCCCAGCGAUUACGGACAAAGGCUCAACUGGAGAAGCUGCAGGCAGAGAUCUCACAGGCAGCUCGAAAAACAGGCAUUCAUACUUCAACUAGGCUGGCCCUCAUUGCUCCUAAGAAGGAGUUGAAGGAAGGUGAUGUUCCUGAAAUUGAGUGGUGGGACUCUUAUAUCAUCCCCAAUGGCUUUGACCUUACAGAGGAAAAUCCCAAGAGAGAAGAUUAUUUUGGAAUCACGAAUCUUGUUGAACAUCCAGCCCAGCUCAACCCUCCAGUCGACAAUGACACACCAGUUACUCUGGGGGUAUAUCUGACCAAGAAGGAACAGAAGAAACUUCGAAGGCAAACAAGGAGGGAAGCACAGAAGGAGCUACAAGAGAAAGUCAGGCUAGGCCUGAUGCCUCCUCCAGAACCCAAAGUAAGAAUUUCAAAUUUGAUGCGAGUAUUAGGAACAGAAGCUGUUCAAGACCCCACGAAGGUAGAAGCCCAUGUCAGAGCUCAGAUGGCAAAAAGACAGAAAGCGCAUGAAGAGGCCAACGCUGCCCGAAAACUUACAGCAGAACAGAGAAAGGUCAAGAAAAUUAAAAAGCUUAAAGAAGACAUUUCACAGGGGGUACACAUAUCUGUUUAUAGAGUUCGAAAUUUGAGCAACCCAGCCAAGAAGUUCAAGAUUGAGGCCAAUGCUGGGCAGCUGUACCUGACAGGGGUGGUGGUACUGCACAAGGAUGUCAACGUGGUAGUAGUGGAAGGGGGCCCCAAGGCCCAGAAGAAAUUUAAGCGUCUUAUGCUGCAUCGGAUAAAGUGGGAUGAACAGACAUCUAACACAAAGGGAGAUGAUGAUGAGGAAUCUGAUGAGGAAGCUGUGAAGAAAACCAACAAAUGUGUACUAGUCUGGGAGGGUACAGCCAAAGACCGGAGCUUUGGGGAGAUGAAGUUCAAACAGUGCCCUACAGAGAACAUGGCUCGGGAGCAUUUCAAAAAGCAUGGGGCUGAGCACUACUGGGACCUUGCGCUGAGUGAAUCUGUGUUGGAGUCCACCGACUGAGACUACUGCAAGCCCUUGCCUCUCCCUUCUUGCCUUUGUCUCUUCAGUCCUCUCCCUUAUUCUACUUCCAAACCCAGCCCUACUUGUGUGUGUGAUCUCAGAACUGUGCCAGGCUGACAUUGGGACAAAGGGAGAACAUCUUGCUUCCUUCCCCAGACAGCCUGGUGCUGCCCUUUAUUCCCCUUAUGUGAAUAUGAUUAAAGAGUUAUUUUUAAA